AAGACAAUGGGGAAACAAGCUCAGAUCCAGGUUUGGAUGCUGAUUUUGGCCCUCUGCGUGCACUCUGGGGCCGCGCUGCUGCAGGUGAGCAUGCUGAAAGUCGACUUGGUGCAGGACGGAGGCGCCGGCGGGGACACCAUCAGCCACUCCCUGACGCUGGUGCAGCGCCUCGAGGCCCUGCUGGUUCAGGGGAACGGCAGCGACGUGUCGCUCAGGGUGGAGACGCCCAGUGCGGACGAGGUGAAGGUGAUCCAGGCGCACUCGCUGGUGCUCUCCCUGCAGAGCCCCGUGUUUGAGGAGAUCCUGCUGAGCCGCAACAGCAGCACGCUGGUCCUGAAGGAGAGCUCCGACUGCGCCGCCGUGUUCGACAAGUUCAUCAGGUAUCUGUACUGCGGAGAGAUUUCUCUGCGUCUGGAUCAGGCCACGCCCUUACACAAGCUGGCCACUAAGUACCAAGUGACGGGUCUGCAGCAGGGCAUCACCCAGUACAUGACCCAGAAUCUGGCCCGGGACUCCUUGUCGGGCCACGUGGCGGGCUGGUACGAGUACGCCCUGCAGGCCGGGGACGUGACUCUGAGGGACAGCUGCCUUCAGUUCAUGGCGUGGAACCUGUCGUCGGUGCUGCAGAGCGGGGAGUGGGUGACCAUCAGCAGCCAGCUGCUCAUGUCGCUGCUGCAGCGCUCCGACCUCAUCCUGCAGAGCGAGAUGGAGCUCUUUGCGGCGCUGGAGGCGUGGAUUAUUCAGAACGAGCCGGACGGGUUGACGGCCGAGAACGCCUUGAGAGCUGUGCGCUACGCCAUGAUGCCGCCGCGGGAGCUCUUCCGCCUGCAGACCCAGUCGUCAGUCUUGGCCCGCUAUCAGGAGUCGGUGCGUGACCUGCUGUACAUGUCCUACCAGUUUCACUCUGCGUCGCCGCUGCACAUGGCCAAGUACUUUGACGUGAACUGCAGCCUCUUCAUGCCGAGGAACUACCUCUCGCCGGUGUGGGGGGCGCCGUGGAUCAUCAGCAACCCUUCACGGGACGACCGCAGCACCAGCUUCCAGACCCAGCUGGGGCCCAGCGGUCAUGACUCCAGCAAACGGGUGACUUGGAACGCACUUUUCUCGCCGCGCUGGUUACCCCUCAGCAUGAGGCCGAUGUACACGGAAACUGGCGCCAUGCAGCCGACACGUGUGGAGGGAGGACGCCCUCGCAUCAUCAUCACACCGGCUACGUCCAGCGCAGACUUCGCCGGGGUGAACUUCCAGAAGACGGUACUUGUGAUGGCGCAGCAGCAGGGGAAAGUGGUGGUGAAACACGUCUACAACUUCCACCAGAGCACGGAGGAGAACGGCGACUUCUUGGCCGAAGCAGACCUAUACCGCCGGACGUCUGAGUACCUCAUCGACAGCUCGCUCUUCCUCCAUAUUGUGGUGAAGCCGCUGUACCAAACCCUCAUAACCAGCAAGAACUGA